AUGGGAGUGUUAUAUCCACAAGCACAUCUGGUGGAUAUCUGUAUAAAUGGACAACCAAGACCAGAUCUGUGCAUGCACGUUGGACCGACAGGCUAUGCCCGCUUUGGCAAUCAAGAAUGUAAACUAAAAACUGAGAAAACAGAAUCACCACUGACAAGCAAUGAAGAACUUCAAACCUGGGAAAACCAUACAAAUGACCAUAUUGACAGUGGGACAAGUGAAUCAAACGCUGAACAACUGGAAAAUAUUUUUGAUUUGGAUAUUCAGGAAAUUUCAACUUCCGAAAGUUCAAAACAUACUGUUGAAUCAUCAAAAUUGCAGUCAAAUAUUGGAGAAGUUUCUUCGUCUGGACAGAAGGACUGUUUAUUGAACAGUCAUGAUACUGCAGAAGUAGACAAAGGAAAUAUGAAUCGAGUAACUUUAAAAGAUCUAGUGAAAUAUUUACAAAAUACAAAUAAUUGGCCAAAUGAAUUCUAUAUUUAUCAUGUUUUAAAUAAAUCCGUCAAUUCUAACAACAGUUUUAGCAAUGAUAGUCAAGUAAAUAAAGCUGCAAAAUCGAAUUUUAAUUCUACUAAACAAACAAAUACUUCAACGAAGGUGAAGUCACAUCGUUCGAAAUUCUUCAGUCGUAAAUUAUCAGUCAAUUGUGAAUUAGUCUAUCCUGAAGAUUUUCUCAAAUUUGAAACGGACAAAGUUCCCUUUGACUCUGUAUGGAUUGUAUGGUCGAGUAGUUGUAUGUCAGGCGAGACAGCCGCUCUGAUAUUACUGCGUAAUCUGUCUCAGAUGGAAAGAAGUAUAUUGUUGGAAAGAGACAGUCUACGUGUAGAAUACAACAUCGUACUUGAACAACACAAGCGUGAUCGUGGAUCUGAAUCUCCAGUGACUUCACUUACUACUAAAACACCGGAAAUCUGUGACCCAGGCAAUCAAUCCAAUCAACCUAUUAAGGAUAAAAGCAGUUGGUUAUGGUGGCGAAGUCGCAAAAACCAAAGUGAAGUUAGUUCUGAUUUGGGCUCUCAAGAUUUAGUUUAUCAAGAUACAUCGCAUAAACAAGCUGUACAGUCAAUUUUACCUCCGAUUGAUCUGGGUAUUUCUAGUCCAGUUGCUGUCCAGGAAGAGUUUGAUCAUGAAAACUAUGAACAUAACGAACAUUAUUUAAACAGUCCUGCAACACUAUCCAAAGGUGAAUUAUUAAAUAUACCAACAGCUACAAUCCCUCGAUAUUCAUCAACAAUCGAUGUUAGAUAUCGCAGUAAUACACCUGAUCCUCUACAGAUACCAUCUUCACCUGAAGAGGCUGGAUACUUUUCUGAUGAAGGGGAUCAUAAUAGUGUAUAUCAAAAGCGAACUGGAGAUAUUGAACGUGGAAUUUCUAUUCAACAAGAAAAUCAUUUAACUUCAGAACAACUUAAAAGUCUCAAUUUACACGAAGGAGCUAAUGAAGCGGUUUUUUCUGUUGUCAGUAAAUACCAAGGGACUUGUCAAUGUGCAUGUUUCAUAUAUCUAUGGGAUUCAUCCGAUAAAAUAGUGAUAUCUGAUAUAGAUGGAACGAUAACUAAAUCUGAUUGGUUAGGACAAUUGAUGCCAUUAGUCGGGAUGGAUUGGACUCAUUCUCAUAUAGCUCAUUUGUAUGACAAAAUCGCUCACAAUGGAUACAAAUUUAUAUACUUAUCCUCUCGGCCUAUAGGCCAAGCCAGGGCAACUAGAAAAUUGCUUCAUGCAAUUCAACAGGAUAACUAUCGUUUACCUGAUGGUCCAAUACUCUUAUCACCAUUUUCAGUUUUAGAAGCAUUCCGGAAAGAGGUAAUCUUAAAAAGAGCCGAUGAACACAAAAUUGAAUGUCUUCGUGAAGUAUGUGGCUUGUUUUCGUCUGGCGAUGGCGCUAAAGAUCAAGAGGAAAAUAUUCCUUUUGUUGCCGGAUUUGGAAAUCGACCAACAGAUAUUGCAACAUAUAAAGCAGUUGGUUUAGAAGAUCAUCAAAUAUUUACUGUCGACUACCUUGGCAAUGUGAUAUGCGGUGAUCCGGGCAAAGAGAAGAAAGCUAGUAACACAAAUCCAAAUCCACCAACCUGUAGCCCGAAAUUAGAUGAAGCAGUCGAAUGUGUUUCCUCCUCUAUGACUGCCACUCGUACAACCUCUUUCACAACAUCGCCUACUAGAGUAACAACAGUUUACUCGAAUAGUGUAUUGGCUAAGCUGAAUUUAGACGCGCUACUACAGAUGGCAGAUGUUUAUUUUCCACAGAUGAAUGAUCGACUUAUCUAUGCUACAAAUUAUUCAGAUUAUACAUACUGGAGGAUAUGA